AUGGACGCCGCCACCGACGGCCAGUUCCAGCAUGAACUGAUGAACUUCCCUCUGGUUGGGAUUGAAGCCAUCUUUUCAAGUACCAACCUACAAGUACUAAUUGAAGAUGAGAUAUAUACCUUUAUGCUAAAGUGGGCUCGUGCGCGAUACCCUGAGUUGGACGAAAGACGCACUAUCUUGAGUUCUCGUUUACUUCCAUUGGUUCGCUUCAGUCAUAUGAGUUUUGCUGUACUGCGGGAGGUUCUAACAUGCACCGAUGAUGAUAUAGACCAUGAUCAAGUAAAUAAGUGCAUCGCUGAGAUACUUCUACACAAAGCUUACCCAGCACACGCGCAUGGUGAUCUUUCUGUAGACACGGCAACCUGCAGGCAAUUUGAAGAGCGAACUUACAUGUACAAACCUUUGAGGUUAGUUGCAUUUGAUGGACCGCAUCCACAGGUUAUAACUUACUGGGAUCUAAAGCGUGAGGAGUGCUCCCAAUUUUUCUCUUCUGAACGGAACCAUCGUCCAGGGAUUAUCUCGCAUCUGCUGCAUCAUGCAGGGCUCGACUUGUUUCUCGUAGCACAAUGUUACAGGAACCACGUGAGUGAGCUGUGCACCUUUGGCCUAUCAUUAUACAUCCGCCAGAGCUCAAGGCGGGCACGUGUGACAUUAGAGUAUGAGUUUGCUGCAAAGACAAAGGCGUUGCGGAAAUUUGUGAGCAGAUUUCAGGUCAAGGCUAGGGGUUCCAAGCUCGGAUGCGGUGAUUUCUUUGGUACUCCAUGGUCGACUUUCAUUGCUAACGACAACCUCUUCAUCGACGGCGUGCUGCAUCUCAGAGCUGAUUGGACUGUGCUGGAGCAGUCGGAGUUAUGAACUUGAUAUCUCACACUACAAAAUUAUAGGCCCGACACUGACCCGGAUCACGGCCUAAUAUGUCAAAUUAGUUGUUGCUUCUUCAUGACCCUGUUCUGGUUAUUGCAAGAUAUAUUGCUCCUUCGUCCGUGAGAGCUGUAGCUGGGAGCUUUUUGGUAACUUGUAAUUGUGUCUCGGAUCGGAUGUAUCUUUUCUUGGAGCGCUUGG